UGAUUGCUGAGGAGACCAGCAGCAGGCUUGCAGAGCAGGAGGAGGAGCCUGAGAAGUUUCGAGAAGCCCUGGUGAAGUUCGAGGCCAGGUUCAACUUCCCUGAGGCAGAGAAACUGGUCACCUACUACUCCUGCUGUUGCUGGAAGGGCCGGGUGCCCCGCCAGGGCUGGCUGUACCUCAGCAUCAACCACCUCUGCUUCUACUCCUUCUUCCUGGGCAAGGAACUUAAACUUGUAAUCCCUUGGGUUGAUAUCCAGAAGUUAGAAAGAACAUCCAAUGUCUUUCUGACGGACACCAUCCGGAUCACCACGCAGAGUAAGGAGCGUGACUUCUCCAUGUUUCUGAACCUGGAUGAGGUCUUUAAGAUUAUGGAGCAGCUGGCAGAUGUGACACUCCGGAGGCUGCUGGAUAAUGAGGUCUUUGACUUGGACCCUGAUCUGCAGGAGCCAAGUCAGAUCACUAAAAGGGACCUUGAAGCCAGAGCACAGAAUGAGUUCUUCCGGGCUUUCUUCAGGUUGCCAAGAAAAGAGAAGCUGCAUGCGGUUGUGGGCUGCUCCCUCUGGACACCCUUUAGUCGCUGUCACACCGUGGGGCGGAUGUUCACCUCUGACAGCUACAUCUGCUUUGCCAGCAAGGAAGAUGGCUGCUGUAACGUCGUUCUUCCGCUCAGAGAGGUAGUGAGCAUUGAGAAGAUGGAGGACACAAGUCUGCUGCCUAACCCCAUCAUUGUCAGCAUCAGGAGCAAGAUGGCCUUCCAGUUCAUUGAGCUUAAGGACAGAGAGACCUUGGUGGAGAGCCUGCUGGUGAGACUGAAGCAGGUCCAUGCCAACCACCCCGUGCAUUAUGAUACCUCUACAAGUGACCAUGACAUGACCUCCCCUGUGUUUUACUCGGCAAGCGCGUGCAGCGAGCACAGGUUUGGGGGUCUUGCAGUGGAGUCUUCUCAAAGUCAGCAGGAGAGUGAGAAGGAGAGGAGCUCGCUGCCGCAGCCUGAAUCCCUGACUGCCAUCUUCCAGAGCCCUGACUCCCGCCUGUCCCAAGAACAGAUAAAAAUCAGUCUCUGGAAUGACCACUUUGUGGAAUAUGGUAGAACCGUGUGUAUGUUUCGUACAGAGAAGAUCCGGAAGCUUGUGGCCAUGGGAAUCCCUGAAUCUUUGCGUGGAAGGCUCUGGCUCCUUUUUUCUGAUGCUGUGACGGACCUUGCUUCACACCCUGGUUACUACGGGAAUCUGGUGGAGCAGUCCCUGGGGAGGUGCUGUCUGGUGACUGAAGAGAUAGAGCGGGACCUGCAUCGCUCCCUGCCGGAGCACCCUGCCUUCCAGAAUGAGACAGGAAUUGCUGCCCUGAGGAGGGUGCUGACAGCUUAUGCCUAUCGGAAUCCCAAGAUUGGAUACUGUCAGUCUAUGAACAUCCUGACCUCCGUGUUGUUGCUGUACGCCAAGGAAGAAGAAGCCUUUUGGCUGCUGGUUGCCGUGUGUGAGCGGAUGCUGCCCGAUUACUUCAACCACCGAGUGAUCGGGGCUCAAGUGGACCAGUCUGUCUUUGAGGAGCUCAUCAAGGAGCACCUCCCAGAGCUGGCAGAGCACAUGAAUGACCUCUCAGCCCUGGCAUCCAUCUCUCUCUCGUGGUUCCUGACCCUGUUUCUCAGCAUCAUGCCUCUGGAGAGCGCGGUAAAUGUUGUCGAUUGCUUCUUCUAUGAUGGGAUCAAAGCCAUCUUUCAGCUGGGGCUAGCUGUGCUUGAAGCCAAUGCCGAGGAGCUGUGCAGCAGCAAGGAUGAUGGCCAGGCCUUGAUGAUCCUCAGCAGAUUUUUAGAUCACAUUAAGAAUGAAGACAGCCCACGGCCCCCCAUUGGCAGCCACCAUGCCUUUUUCUCUGAUGACCAGGAGCCCUACCCUGUGACUGACAUUGCCGAUCUGAUCCGGGACUCCUAUGAGAAAUUUGGAGACCAGUCUGUGGAGCAGAUUGAGCACCUGCGCUGCAAGCACAGGAUCAGGGUGCUCCAAGGCCACGAGGACACCACUAAGCAGAAUGUGCUCCGUGUUGUUAUCCCUGAAGUCUCUAUUCUUCCUGAAGACCUGGAGGAACUCUACAACUUAUUCAAGAGAGAACACAUGAUGAGCUGUUACUGGGAGCAGCCCAGGCCAGUGGCCUCACGCCAUGACCCCAGCAGGCCCUAUGCAGAGCAGUACCGCGUAGAUGGCCGGCAGUUUGCGCACCUAUUCCAGCUUGUGUCGCCGUGGACCUGUGGGUCCCAUACAGAGAUCCUGGCUGAGAGGACUUUCAGGCUUCUGGAUGAUAACAUGGACCAGCUGCUGGAAUUCAAGGCAUUCGUGACCUGCCUAGAUAUUAUGUACAAUGGAGAAAUGAAUGAGAAAAUUAAACUGCUGUACAGGCUUCAUAUCCCUCCAGCACUCACUGAAAAUGACCGAGACAGCCAGUCACCUUUGAAGAACCCUCUGUUGUCCACGUCAAGACCCCUGGUUUUGGGAAAGCCCAAUGGUGAUUCAAUCGACUAUCAGAAACAACUGAAGCAGAUGAUUAAGGAUUUAGCCAAAGAAAAGGAUAAAACUGAAAAAGAGUUACCCAAAAUGAGCCAGAGAGAGUUUAUCCAGUUCUGCAAAACUUUGUACAGUAUGUUCCAUGAAGACCCAGAAGAAAAUGAUUUGUAUCAAGCCAUCGCCACUGUAACCACCCUGCUGCUGCAGAUUGGAGAAGUGGGCCAGCGGAGCAGCAGCUCAGGAAGCUGCUCCCAGGAGUAUGUGGAAGAGCUGCAGGCUUCGGCUCCUUCUCCUGAGGACUCUGUUUUUGCAGAGACUGGAAAGCUCCCCCAGGACUCACAGGCAUUUCCUGAGGCCACAGAAGGGGACUGGACUGUCUCUCUUGAACAUAUUUUAGCAUCACUUCUUACUGAACAGUCACUAGUAAACUUUUUUGAAAAGCCACUAGACAUUAAACCCAAACUUGAAAAUGCUAAGAUCAAUCAGUACAGUCUCAAAACCUUUGAAACAAGCCACCAAUCACAGCCUGAACUCAAGCUUAGUAACCUAUAGCAAGAUUGUGGUUUGCUGUGGAGCACACGGGAGUCUGCCAUACCAAAGCACGGACUGGACUGUUUCUUGGGUUUUAGACCAUAAGCCCAAUUUCAGUCUAGGCCAUUUUGAAUACACCUUAGAAACCAGGUUAAUCUGGAGAAGCAGCCUGGCAAAACUGGCUGGGUAGAGGAGCUAAUACAAUAAGUGUUUCCAUUUACUCUUUAAUCAGUUGGACACCAUCAGUUCCCUUGACACUGACUCAGUUUCACUUCUAUGAUUUGCUGAAGUGGGUUUCCACUGUGAUGCUAGUACAGUUCUUUGAUGGACCAGUCAGAUGUCAGUAUCAAACAAGGGAUAAGAAAAGCCCCAUGCUAUUUUCACUUUGAAAAUGGGAGGUCAAGAAUCAAGUUCACUUUCAAGAUAGCAGAGGCACUGCCUGUGCAAUUGUUAUUUGGCUUUUUUGUUUUGCACUAAUUUUGUUUCAAUGCUGGUAAUUGAAACCAUUUUAAUAUAUUUGGUUGUGUUCACUUUAUAUGCCCUUCCAAAAAUGUGUACAAACCAUGCUUUCAAUGUUGGCCUGAGUUUUUAAACAAGAAACCUUUUUUUUGUAUUGACUCAGUCCUUUUUCUUUCACCUUAUGCGGACUUAGGUAGAAAGUCCUCUGUCUACCUAUGUUUUCAGCACACUGCAACACACUAUAGAUAGCACUUGAUCCAACCUUGGCUUCUAGGGACCUUCUGAUGGCAGUGGUGUACAAGCUAACAAAAUUUAAGCCCUGCACAAUUUUGCUUUAAGGUUUUAAGUUAACAUGUCUAUUACCAUAACCUCAUGUAAUCGGGACUAAAAAGAGCUCACAGGGCCAUUAUGGACAGGCAGAGUGUAAAGCCAUACUGCCAGUUUUUUUCAUUAAACCUAAAAUCCUGAUUUUUUUAAAUGUCAAAGUGGCCAAGGGUAGCUGAAUGAACCCUACACACUGGUUUCUGCAAAAAUAUUUUAAUGCACCUCAACUUCCCAACUACCUAGAG